UUUCUCGCUGACUCAUACACUGGACUCAUAUCAGGUGCGCUUGAAGAUCUCGCGAAUACACCUCAUGGCACGUGUAAAAAUCUGCUGAUGCUCGAAAAUACUUCAAGUGUCGGAAAUUGUAAUCCUUAAAGGUAGCUAUACAUCCGAGCUGCGCAGAAAAAUGGACGAGGCCAGCUACUUUGCGGAGGAAAAACAGGAAAACGUGGAAUUCUUUGGUGAGGCGAACAGAAUCAAGAAGUUGCUACAAACUUCCGCGAGGAAAAUCGAAAUCGCCAUGGGAAUUGCGGGUCAAAUAAUGAGUUGCGAGUCGACUGGAAAAACACAAGAGGAAGAGAAUGCCGAUCGCCUUGAGAGCAGAAGCAGCACCAAUGACGCAAAUAGCAUCUUGAGCUGCUGUGCCAUUAACCCGAGAAUGGGAAUCCAGACGCUCGCGACGCGUAUAAUCAACAAUGAGAUCGACCCCUUCACUGACGGCGCGGACAAGUGCAGCAAGAAGUCUAUUUGCGGGGCCAAAUUCGCCACUUUGUUCGAUGGCCUCGUCAACGUCUGCAACUUCAGGCUAGCAAUGACGGAUGCGACUGAAAAGGUGCACACGAUGCGCCUACGAAGGGCCUGGACGGAGCAGGACAAGUACAAAGAGGAAAUCCGAGGCCUGCGAAAUGAGCUGCACAGUUUGCGGAUGUGCAUGAAAAUGAGAGUGGCCGCCAAGCAGCGGCAAACGGAGAAGAAAGAACAAGAAAUCGCCGAAACUAGAGCCGAAUGCGAAAGGCAGAUUCAAAUCUUGAGCGAGAGAUCCGAGCAGAGGAUGAAAGAGGCGAUUUCCGUCUCCACGAGCAACCAGGAAGAGCUGAGCCGCGAGCUGGUUAACGUUCAAGAGCUGCUAGCGAAAAUUAGACUAGACCACAGCUCGGCCGAAAAAAAUCUGAGAGAAAUCAAAAAAAGUUUGGAAGACGAAUUGCUGAGCAAAAUCUCCGACUAUGACACCAAAAUGCAGCAGCUGGCCGACGAAAUAGAGGCCACCGGUGCAAAUUACACCUUGGAGCUACGGCAGUUGGAGCGACUCAAUGCCAAGUUUGAGGCUCAGGAGAUCGAGUAUGAGGCCGCGAUGGAAGAGAAAAGCGCCGAAGAGCAGAAAGAGUUGGACCGCAGAAUUUAUCUAUUCCGUACUAGAUUCGCAGCCAUGCGAAUUCAGCACUGCUGGCGGGCGUACCAGAUCAAGAAGAUUGAGUACAUGAAGAGCAAAAAAGGAAAGAAAGGCCGCAAGAAGGCUGCCAAGAAGAGUUGAAUAAAAAUAUAUAUUGACAUCUUCGUUUUAUUAUGUGGAGUUUUUAUUGAUUUUAUUCGAUAUUUUAUAUAAUUUACUUUGCACUAGUAAUACUGCGGAAUAUUUAUAAUAUUAUACAUAAUUCUCUUGAACUCAAUAACAGACUUAUUACAAAACAAUGAGACUGGAUGAGCGGUAGUAAUUUAUUCCAAAAGAACCAAAAAUAAUCAUCGUAUCUGCUCGUGCCAAUCAAUUUUUUUUAAGUCACAAUUUUAUCACCCGUCCCAGAUGCGAGACAAGUCCUUUGAAAAGAUUUUGAUUGCAAAAUUCAU